AUCUGCACAUCCUGCAGCUAUAUUUAUUGACAACAUGUAGAAUAAUGUGCGGCAGUUAUGUUGAUUGUGAAACAUUUAAUAAAAAACAAAAUAAUUAGUUUGUGCUGAUUGUGCGUAGCCAUAAGGGCGACCUUGAAUUUGCUGCUGUCUCGUUCUUCAUCGGCUGGCAAAUAUGGAGGAAUCUCACCAUCGCACAGUAAUGGAUCAUUUGGAUCUCGGUCUCGGAGGUCACGUCCUGCAAGAAGAUUUGUCUAAAGGGGUACUGAGAACUAUACACCAUGUCGAAAAUGGAACACUUCAUUUCAUUACGAUACCGCCGGCUGGUAAUUCUCGAGAGCAAGAGUACAUUGAAAGCUCCCUCUUGGGAGGAGAUCUGUUGUCUAGCCAUCUUCCGAAUGGCCUGUUGGUGGAUUAUAUUAGCACGCCGGGACCAACUACACCAAAUGGAAACCCAUUUCAUUCGCAAUCUGCAAGUUUAUUGGAUCACCACACUGGAAGCGGUGGCCUUCAGACUUAUACCACCGAGGAUCUACAAACGUUAGUGGAUGCAAACUCAUUGCAGACGUCGGACAACGAUCGAAAACUUUUUCUUCAGUUUGUCAAUAAACAGCCAACGCAAUUGUCUCAUGAGGCUCCGGUCAUUGUCACAAACUCAAAGGAUGUAUCUGGAGUUGUUAAUUCAAUGAAUGGACACGACAAAAUGGCACAGCCAACACAUUCGCAACUUACUGGAGUAAACCACAUGCCAGCUGCACCAUCUACCAGUAGCUUUCUACAUUAUCACAAUCAGGAUCAUCUCCUGGGAACAACACAUACAAGUGUUAAUAACAUUAUUAAUACGGGAAAUAUUUUGACUACACACCAUGGCGCUCCACAUCAUCAUCACCAUCAUCACCAUCUUCAGCACCAUCAUCAAGCGCAGCCGACUCCUCACCAGAUCAUUCAGAACAAUACAACCCAACAACAACAGCAACAGCAACAUCAUCACCAGCAAUCUCAAAACCAAUCACAUUUGUCCUCACUUCAUUCCGUGCUUCAAAGCGAGUGCUCCCCCUCGAAGAUGUUUCAUGUUGCCUCGUCGGUUGCCAACACGAGUAUCGCUAUCAGUACUGCGACCAGUCAGAAUUGCAUUCAAAUGCCUUCACUAACUCCAAUGAAGAGUGCUGAGUCUCCGAAACGAUAUCAGAUUGCUUAUCAGAUGGUAUCGUCGCAUGGACCAGGAAUGGAGCGAGCAGCUUGUCAUGAUGCGGUAGAAGUUGCAGAUAAUUUUCUAUCUCACGAUGACCUAUUGGAAUGUGCUGCUGCUGGCGAACCGCGUUCGGAUGACGACGAAGAUGUUGCCGAAUCCAAUGGUGGAUCACUAGCUACUAAUAAUUCAACUUUUACAAACACUUAUCUGCCACACAAGAAGCGUCUGUCUAAAAAGCUAGGAGAUACAAAAAACACUGAGCGAAUUCAAAGACAUUCGGUUAUUUCGAACGAUCACCAAAUGCAAGAAUUGCAUAGUAAAGAUUCUUCCCAGGAACACGUUCAGAAUAAUCUUGCAAACAUUGCAAAAUCAAAAUCAUUCUCUUGUCAGUUGUGCUCGGAUUCAUUCGAAGAUCAAUUAUUAUUUUUCACACACCUGAAGCAGCAUUACGAACCAAUCACAGGAAGCCCGAGUGACGAGGGAAAAACAGGGGAUUCAAAAAAGAAACCUAAAUUACCACGUGUCAAACAUACAAAGAAGUUAAAAAAUGAUAAAUCAUCUCGUGCAGCAACUGAAGAUAUCGAGACAAAUUCUAACGUACAAGACCAACAGCAGCAUACUUCAUUCGAUAACCAAGGCCUUGAUCAAGCAGCCAAGAAUCGUACUGUCUAUCAACAACGAACACAGCAGCCAAAUUCAGAAGUGAUUGUAAACCCUCCACAACAAACCGUGUGCGUAGAAUCGGAUAACGCCGCUGGCGAGUUCAGUGAAACGGAAGACAUGCUCGAAGGUAUACGAAAUGUAGUACAAAAAGUGCAGGAAGCCGUUGACACUGACACAAACGAUGGUUUGGGGGGAACUUCUACGCUUGAAAGGACGAUUAUUACUGCUGAUGAUAAAUUGUGGUAUCAAACGCAACAACAGCCGCACCAUCCACAUCAGCAGCACCAUCACCAGCCGCACCAACAGCAGCAUCAACAGCCACAUCAGCAGCAGCAAUUAACUGCUACUGCAACAGAUAUUGUGAAAUCGAUCGACUUUGCUGCAGAUUUGGAUACCCAGCAGAUUCAUAUCAAUGCCGGAAACGAUAAUUACGUACUAUUCCUAAACAAAGGCGAUUUUAACGAGGAUAUGCUGCACACCGGAAAUACAUCCCACCAACAAGCAACUCAACGAGCGAUCUCAACUGUUACACAGCAGCCAAUUCCUCCGAGCCACGAACCGCCAACAUCGUACAUGAUGGAUUCUGAUUCUCAAAUGCAGCAGCCCACAAUAGGCGAGUGUGACAUGAACAUGCAAAUACUGGACCUUGGUUCCACCGGUAUCGAGAAUCAUCCCGAAAUUGUAAAGCUUGUUGAUUUUAACCUUUCAACGGUAGCUGCUGCAGCUUCUACGAUGAAUUGUCAGCUAAGCACUGGCACCAAAUUGUUGAAAGAUGAACAGGUGUCUAAUCCUGACAGUGAAACCGCAAUAAACGAUGACGGUUCUUUCUAUGUAUUCAGCGAAGAUGGAGACGCAGAAGAUUCAGAUGGGGAAGACCCUAAUGCGUGCAGCGAAAAUGAACAGGUCAGCUACCCCAAUACCCAGCAAUACAUUGCGGAUGCUACAGAGAACCAAGUUAAGGUCAUGUGUGACUCAACCUUUCCAUCUGUUCCUCCUUGCAAAAAGAAGGGUCGGAAAAAAGUGGGCGAUCUACCGAAUAAGACUAAUAAAAAGUAUCCCUGCACCGAACCAGACUGUGAUAAAGUAUUUAAUUCGAAAACUGCAGUUCGUUAUCAUGAAUUGCAGCACAAAAAUGAGCGCCCAUACAACUGUUUGCAAUGUUCGAAGAAUUUUUUCACUUCUAGUGCAUUAAAAGUACACGAGCGUCUGCACUCCGGCGAAAAACCGUAUAAAUGUGAAGAAUGUGGUCGAGCGUUUCGUCAGUGGGGCGAUAUGAAGUAUCAUCAGUCGUCGAUUCACUCGAACGAAAAAACCCAUCAGUGCGAAUUUUGUGGUAAGAAAUUUGCUCGCCGUUAUUCGCUAGUCCUGCAUCGAAAGAUUCAUUUGAAUGAGAAAAACUAUGUGUGCGAUAUUUGCAAUAAAGCAUUCAGGGCAAGCUCAUACCUUCAGUCUCACCGGAUGAUACAUACCGGCGAAAAACCAUAUUCGUGCGGUAUUUGUUCUAAGAAGUUCCGGUGCGGAGGCGACAUGAAACGGCAUCUUAAAACCCAUGAUCGCAACAGCAAGGGUGAAUCCAGCCACAAAACAGUACAACAAGCAGUCGAAGAUGACUCACUUGAAAAGCAACCGGGUGCCCAGAGGACUCGAUCGUCCACAACCGACGUGAUCGAUUUGACCAAGAUAAAAUCCGAAUGCGCCGGGAAAGUGACAAGCUGUAUUCAAGCACCUCCAGUGGUGACCGUCUUAUCGAAGGAUAUCGUGCAUGCCGGCAAAAUUGCCAGCUCUGUUGGCCAGCAACCACCACUGGUUUAUCUCCCGCAUGCCGCUGGAGAGCAGUUCCGGAGUAAACCGGAAGAAACCGUACUGAUGGAUGUCUCGCGGUGGUAACCGUAGCAUCGACAUGCAGCAUAUUAUGGUGAUGCAAUUGUGUAGCCCGAGCAUUUUUUAUAUUGUAGUCUUGUGGAUCGAUUUUUAUUUAAA